UACAGCCAUGCUAUUUCUGGUUUCAGUCCCAUACUCAAAUGCAGCAGAAGAAUAUGUUCUAUUGCAGUUGUUAUUACAGAUGGCUUGAUAGACCUAAGCAUAUCUGCCUGUCCUUGGCUUGGUUCUCCCCUCGUUCGCCAUCCUGAACAGCUGUGCCUGAGCUGCAGCCGCGUGGUUCGACCCAACUGCCGCCAAAAAGCUGUCCCUGACUUGGCUUGUCGUGUAAGGGAACCUCGCGUGGGCCAUGGAGUUAAGCAGGGCAGCCGUUCCUUCUCUGUAGAGCUGCCCGAGCCCGUCUGUUCUGGUGUUUGAAAGUGCCUGGAUAAUGUUGGUGUUGGCUCCGAAACCGGGUAGACUGCUUGUACCGAAAGCAGUUCCAAUUGUGGUCCCGAAAAACCCGAACAAGCCCCAUAUCAGGGUCGGGUGGUUCAGCCAGUACCUGCAAGACAAAACAAAUACUAUUAUUAUUAUUAUUAUCAUCAU